AAUUAUUUGUAGAAAAUCUGCUACUUUAUGUUCAAAUCCGCUACGCCGCUACCAUCGAGUAAAUUAUGCUACAGUAGCGGAAUUCCGGUACGAUAAAAAUACUGAUAAGUAAAUGUAUUAUGGAUUCAGAGGAACACAAUAUAGAAGGUAUUAAAAAAGUAUUGAACGUAGAGGAUCUUAAUAUCGAUAUUCUGCAGAUAAUUUAUGAGAUAAUCAAAAGUAUCGAAAAGGAUAAUCAUCACGAUAAUACAUCGAAGACGAGAGAUUCCCAAGAUUGUUCUCAGAAAGUUUUGGAGUUACAAAAAAGAUUAGAUAAAGCUAGAGCAGAGAUACGUAUGCUCCCUGGUAUUGAAUAUAGUAAGGAACAACAACUCAAUCAUUUGGAUGCAUUGAAAACCCAGCUGAGAUUGAAACAGGAGCUACUACAAAAAUACCACUAUAUGUACCCAUUCGACAUUCAGAAAUCUUGAAAAGCAUGGUUUUUCGUUUCUUGAUUCGAAUUUUGGCUAAUAAUGAGCAGCUAGUUCAGAAAUUGAGCGAAUCCUAUCCAAUGCGUAGAGCUGCCCAGGUAGUGGUACGAGUGAUGUUUUCUAGUAAAAAUUUGAUAGAAGAACACAGAUUACGUGAAAAAUUAUCUCCUGAACAAUUUAGAGCAUUGAUGAGUGAAGUGGCGGCUAACUUUCAAAAUCAGUUGAAGCAGGCACAAGAAAACAUAAAGAGAAAAAUGAA